AUGCCAUAUACCCUCCUCCAAACCAUGAACUUCCUCUCCGCCGGCGGCGGGAAAUGGGAGAGAAUCUAUAACAUCAAAUCACCGCCAACGAACAAAAUCACCAAGAAAAUGAAGUUCCCUGGCGGUCAACCACAACUGCGGACCUGCGCUCUUCGAUGUUAUCGCGGCCGAGUACUUCGCAGUAGGAAGAAGCGGAAGCAGGUGACAGUGAACAAGACGAAGUUGAUGAUGGUGUUCAAGCGCUCGGGGCCGGGGAGGAAGAAGAACAUGGAGGGCGAGAAUCCGCCUUGUGGAGGGGAGUAUUUUCCUGAAAAGGAAAAGGGAAGUAGAUGGAGUCUGCGUAAUGUUGACGCUGAGGGAUUUGGAAGCGUCAGUGCCGGGGCUGAGGAGAAGUUUGAGGAUAAGAGAGAUGAGACGGACAUCGAAGGGAUGCCGCACUUUGGCAACCAAGCGUCUCUCGUUCGUGCAAGCGUCGGUACUGUUGAGCUCCUUCGAAAUGAGUCGCAGAACGACAUGCACUCUGGCGGCAGCCUCGCCCAAGGGUCCGAGCGGGCGAGCAUCUUCAGUAGUUCCGCCUUGCAAGAGCCUCUUCCUCGCCUCCCUGAACUCGUCAUCCGCCCGGAUAGCCCGCAUGUCUCUUCUCGGCUCAAAGUAGCGCUUCCGAGUACGAUCAUCCGACUUGAAGAAACCGUCGAUCUCUUUGUUGUGAAAAUACACGCAUCCGUGUACAUCGAUCUUGCAUGA